AUGGCUCAUCUGGGGCCAGAGAAGGAGGAGAGCAUGGAAGGUAGACAGACUCUUGAUCCAGGGGCUUCUGUGGAGACUUCAGCACUCAAUAUAAAACAUAGAUGGAACAACCUCCUAGACAGCAACCAGUCUGGUUUCAAGAGCGGUCAUUCCACUGAAACUGCACUGCUCUCUGUCAUUGAAGCCCUGAGACUGGAAAGAGCUUCCUCUAACUCAUCUGUUCUCAUCCUACUGGAUCUAUCUGCCGCCUUUGACACCGUUAACCAUCACGUCCUCCUGUCCACCCUCAAGGCUAUGGGGGUCUCCGGAAUGGUGCUACAAUGGUUCAGGUCUUACCUCUUGGGUAGGUCCUUUAGAGUAUCUUCACGCAUCUCAGCUUGCUUAGCCGACAUCUCACUCUGGAUGAAUGGCCAUCACCUGCAGCUGAACCUUUCAAAAACAGAAUUGCUUAUAAUCCCAGCCGAUUCAAAGACUAAUCACAACCUCUCCAUUCAACUGGGCACAUCAACCAUCACAUCUUCCAGAAAGGCAAGAGACCUGGGAGUGGUGAUCGAUGAUCAGUUCAACAUCACAGAUCAAGUUGCCAGCACCGCCCGGUCCUGUAAAUUCAUCCUCUACAAUAUUAGGAAAAUUAGACCCUUCCUAUCAGAGCAUGCUACGCAAGUCCUAGUACAGGCUCUGCACCUGUCCAGACUGGACUGCUGCAAUGCGCUACUGGGUGGACUUCCAGCUUGCACAACCAAACCUCUACAGAUGAUCCAGAAUGAUGCUGCAAGAGUUAUCUUUAAUGAACCGAAGAGAGCACACGUCACUCCUCUAUUUAUUAAGCUACAUUGGCUCCCUAUAGUCGCUAGCAUCAAAUUCAAGACUCUGCUCCUGGCCUACAAGACCACCACUGGUUCGGCACCACCUUAUCUUCACUCGCUAAUGCAGACAUAUGUACCCGCCAGAUCCCUACGCUCUGCAAACGAACGCCGUAUUGUGGUGCCAUCCCAAAAAGGUAAAAAAUCUCUCUCGCGCACCUUCUCCAGAUCUGUUCCACCUAUAUGGAAUGAUCUGCCUGCUGCUACAAGAUCCGCAGAUUCUGUAGCCAUCUUUAAGAAACGUCUGAAAACACAUCUCUUCCGUCAA